GGCAUUUCUGAAUUGAUCGCCCUGUGUAAAUUACGAAACGUCGUGUACCCCUGUAAUACACGCAUACUAGCCUUGCACACGUGCCACACUGUCAGUCGUCAAUUAGCAUACACAACGGUGCGGUGCUGUGUAGGCUAUGUACGAUCGUCCGAGUGGUCAGUGUUUUAUGAAACCAGGCUAUCUUUAGCCCGCGGACUCGAAGCCAUGCAUCCAGCCAUUGGUUGAGUGAAAGUGCAUAAAAAGCAACCCGCUUUACGCACGUUUACGAACAUACGUGCGUUUGAUGAAUGAGUGAGUUUAAACGAACCAACUAGCGGUUAACCAGUGUCAAAUGGUGACCCGUACGUGCGGUUAGGCAUCGAAUUUACACGGAUAAGAAGAGAGAACCGCCGUGCCCGUGCAAUACUGUGCAGUUGUUAACCGUUCGCGCGGGCAUCGCCGCGUCUUUCGGAUUGAAACCAAAUCGUUAAUAAAAACUAACGUUCUUUUGAAUUAAGCGUAUGCAUGACUCGGCACGCAUUAAUUGAUCCUGGAGGACCGAAAUACAUAAAGUGGUCAGACUGAUUGACCGACUCCAAAAGUUGGCGAGAGAGAGAGAAAGAGAGAGAGAGAGAGGGGGGGGACGUACGGAUACGUAUGCACGUUACCUCUCGGUGCCAUGGUGUCAUCAACGAUAUUCGUAAACACGAAAGCGCUUCGUUCGGCAGGCGCACCUUAACAGGUUGCAUGCGUUCAAAGUUUGAACGAUGAUAGAGUCGAAGUGUCAUUCAAAAAUCGUCGGAUCUGAAUACCGAGGUGACGGAGCACCGGACGACGACGAGGUCGGGACUGGACCGGCGUUGAAUUAUUAAUAACCCAACGUUUCCCGUCUCUGAAAACACACUAGCCAGGAGUUAACAUUGUCGACGAUUAUUGCGAAAAAUUUGAUUGGUAACUUCUGAUAUCCUGUAUCCGUCUCGUAUCGCAAUCAAGAGAAACAUUCCGAUGCUGUUGAGCGAGAAAAAGUGGACUGAAAAAUAAAAAAUUGGAAAACUUCAAGGGGAAAGAAAUAUAUUGGGGAGCUAAACGAAAAUCGAAAUAAAUAAGAUAGAAAAAAAUCACAACCACUUCGCGGUUAUAAUAUAUCAUGAAUCGAUGGGAUAGGCGAUGGGGUCUCGUUACGUAAUACCAACUGGAUCACUGACCUAAAAACUUAGUUAAUUUAGUCCCAAUGACAUCCGAAGAAUGUCGCUGGAGCGGCAGAGAGGUGGUACCGCGACGGUGGUUGACUCGUUUUCGCUUUAGCGAAAUGAUUGAGAGUGUGUCUCGGAGAGCGUUGAGUGGCUCCAGUGGGAGCUACCACGUUCGCGGUGCAGAACUGGCGCGCGAUCGUAGACUAAAAUCCCUCUCGGCAACUGUAGUAUUCCUCGACGAUACUCAACACACCUUUCAGUUAGACAAAAGAGCCAAGGGACAGGUGCUUUUGGAUAUGGUCUAUCAACAUUUAGAGUUGAUUGAAAAGGAUUAUUUCGGUCUACAGUAUACAGACAACGGUGCCACACCUUCAGCUUGUCCCAAUCCAGAUAUAAUGCGAUGGCUAGAUCCCGCGAAACCAGUGAAGAAACAGAUCAGAAGUGGACAAUUCUUUUUUCGAGUUAAAUUUUAUGUCUCUGAUCCGAGCAAGCUGCAGGAAGAGUAUACGAGAUAUCAGUUCUAUCUACAAAUUCGAAGGGAUAUUUUACAGGGAAGACUUCAACUACCUCCAAGUACAGCUUGUCUUAUCGCAAGCUAUACCGUUCAAUCUGAGCUGGGAGACUAUCAUCCGGAGGAACAUGGCCCUGGAUAUUUAUCUCGGCUUCAAUUAAUUCCAGGGCAAACAGAAGACAUGGAGAAAAAGAUUGCUGAACUGCACAAACUUCACAAAGGACAGCUACCCGCCGAUGCAGAGUACAAUUUCCUGGAUCAUGCUAAGCGACUGGAUAUGUAUGGAGUCGAGUUACAUAAGGCAAGGGAUUCAACGAAUAAAGAAAUUCAGUUGGGAGUUACUUCCAUAGGCUUAGUAGUCUUUCAAAAUAAUAUAAGAAUAAAUGUAUUUUCAUGGUCGAAGAUUGUUAAGAUUUCAUUUAAACGAAAACAAUUUUUCAUCCAGCUCAGAAGAGAACAGUCUGAAAACUACGAUACUCUGCUUGGAUUCAAUAUGCAAACAUAUCGCAGUUCAAAAAACCUGUGGAAAGCGUGCGUUGAACAUCACACCUUCUUCAGGCUUCACAGUCCGAAAAUGCGUUCCAGACGUUUCCCUCUCACGUUGAGUAGUCGGUUCACAUAUUCCGGCCGAACUGAAUUCCAAACUGUAGAAGAUGGGAAACAUCGUGCACGAGUAGAAAGAACCUUCAUUAGGUCACCUAGCAAACGAUUAGUGCAUGGUGUCACGUCGGUACCAAUUGUUGAAGAUAAAGGGAAAUUAUCACUACAACCUGGCAGACCUGUGCGACCGUACGACAACAAAGUUCAAUCUCUGGGUUCCAGAGAACCGCGGCAAGCAUGGGGUGAAGGAAAUCCUAGCGAUGAUGAGGGUGGUUUUUUGUCCCUCAGAGAGGAAAUAACUGGAACUCAUAUGCAAAGCGGAGCAUUUUCCCCCCUACUUGGCUCAAGAGUUUUGAGUUAUGCGGACGACGAUACAGCUAUUGAAAGAAAUAUCUACGAUCUUCCAGACUACAGUGAACCCACUAGUUCUCCUGCACCCCAGAUACUAGAAGAUGGCUUAGUCAAUAUAAGACUUACACCGGAUGAACAAGGACGCUUUGGUUUUAAUGUAAAAGGGGGACUCGAUCUUGAGAUGCCAAUAUUGGUAUCACGUGUAGCACCUAAUACACCAGCUGACCGCUGCUAUCCCAAGUUGAAUGAAGGAGACCAGGUAGUUUGCAUCAACGGAAUUGACGUAAAUGGCAUGCUGCAUGAACACGUCGUUAAUUUAAUACGACAAUCUCGUGACUCGGGAACCGGUGAGCUCACACUGACAGUGAGGCCCAAUGCUUUGUAUAACGCACUUGCUGGAAAUGAUGAAGCUUCAGAAGAGGAACCGCCAUACAGGUACGUCCCAGAUGUACCGCAUGCCACUGUCGGCUUGGAUGCUCUUGCUCAAUCAAUGCUGUUGCUUGCCGAUGGGCUAGCAAGUGGAGCUCUAAUUGCGCAGUACGAACAGUUAUACAGAAAAAAUCCUGAGCUUGUAGCGCUUGAGUCGAAAAAGCCCGAAAAUCAAAACAAAAAUCGAUAUCGGGAUAUCUCUCCAUAUGACGUUACAAGAGUUAUAUUAAUGGGGAGUAUUAACGGCGACUACAUAAAUGCAAAUUAUGUAAAUAUGGAGAUUCCUGGGUCAGGAAUUAUCAAUCGAUAUAUUGCAACUCAGGGACCUUUAUCCUCGACGGUUGCUGAUUUUUGGCAAAUGGUCUUGGAAGCAGGUAGUACGCUAGUAGUGAUGCUCACAACAUUGGUGGAACGUGGGCGAGCAAAAUGUCACCAGUAUUGGCCUGCGUUCAACGAGACGCUUACUUUGAGAAACUUGACGUUAACUUCGACUGCCGAAAACAUCGAAGAUACAUUUGUCUUCCGAGAAUUUAUUCUCCGUGAUAUUAAUACUGGCGAGGAGCGAGAUAUAACACAUAUGCAAUAUUGUGCUUGGCCGGAUCACGGGGUACCCAGUGACUGGAGACAGUUUACAACUUUUACGGAACGUGUAAGGGCUGCACGUACAGGAAUGGUAGAGCCCGCUGUUGUUCACUGUUCGGCAGGAAUCGGUCGAACAGGUGUUUUGGUUUUGAUGGAAACUGCUCUCUGCUUAAUGGAAGCUAAUCAGCCUGUUUAUCCUCUUGACAUUGUUCGCUCUAUGAGGGACCAAAGAGCCAUGAUGAUACAGAAUGCUAGUCAAUACAGGUUCGUUUGCGAAGCUGUUCAUAAGGCAUACACGGAAGGAAUUGCCAAACCACUACCAGAAUUCAGCAGAUGAAAGUAAACGGUUGUUUAAGAAACGUAAAAGAAAAAUUACAAUGCCAUAGUCGCCUUACUCUCCGUUGUUUGAUAUUCGGAUAGUAUAGGUUGAAUUCGUAUAGUUUUAUACCCCGACAAUAAUAUUUUUAAUCGUCUAGUAAAAUGAAUAUCAAUUCAACAAAUCUUCAAUCCGAAUUCAGGGAUUUAUACUUACCUACUUUUGUAGUAAGUAUUUAACAGUAUGUCACUAAGCUGUUCUCACCAGGUGGAUAUCAUAAAUUAUACCACGAUAUUAUUUUAUAUUGUACUCUGGAACAACGUCUAGGAUUUCUAUUUAUAUUUAUCUUAUAACGCGAAAACAUUUAAUUCUCCCGGUAAAUCUUUUUUUUUCAUUGUAUUAAAAUCGAUAUGAUUAUUUUAUAUAAAGAUUGUUGAUCUUUUAUUUGUCUAAAUGGAUAUGUUUUACAAAUUAGUACAGGCUCACGAAGCAUUUAUUUGCGGCGUAUUAAUAAUGGGUAUAUCAACAAUUAUUUUGGUCUGUACAAUAACACGUGUUCCAACUAGUACUUGAUACAAGGCUAAUAUCAUGCUCGUACUUACACAUGUGCAUAAAUGUCUGGAUGAUUGGUAUCUUAGAAAAAUUAUCUUGACAAGAAUACUACCAUCACAAACGUUAUCCGAGAAAUUACUCGGUUAGUUCUAUUAUUCUAUCGUAAAACAACAGAAUACGAAAAUUCUUGGACCAAUAUUUUUUUAGAAUGUGUACGGGUCUGAUGUACUAUCAGGGUCAGCAAAGAAGUAGUCUGAUGUGGGAAAAUGAUUUGUGGAAUGUUCUUUUUCUUUCUUUCAAUACAAAUUAAAGUAACAAAAAUUAAAUUUAGAGGCUUAAGAACAGUGCCUUGCAAUGGGCUAUUUAACACAGUAAGAAACGUGAAUCACACAUUUAUAUUCACAUAAACAAAAAAAUUGGGCAACUUUUUUUUUAGUUCCUUAAAAUAUUAUAUCCGAGCUUUCCGCAAUAUGUUAAAUUUGCGAUUGUAAGUUUUUGUAUCAUUAUAAAUAAUUUCAAAGCAUUACACACGUACGAUUAAUUUAUGCCGUAACUUUAAUAUGUAAAUAGAAAUAACAUGGAAAGAAGACAAAAUUGAAUUUGUUUUAAUUAGAAAUUGUAUUAACAAAAUAUUAAUUACCAGAUGUCUGGUAUCUAUAUAAUGGUCAUAUCGUCCAUCUUUCUAAGUGAUAUACAUUCUAUAUUCAUUAUAUUAAGUAGUGCAAAAAAUCUAGGCAAAUCAUUGGCAAAUCAUUUUAAUUUCAUUGUCAAAAUCUUAAUUGAACAAUAACGUGAGUGUGCAUAAUAAAUAAUACGAACCAGUAUUGAUAAGUACAAUACAUAUACGUGUAUAUGUGUAUGCGUAUGUAUGUAUGUAUAAUAUACAUACAUACGUACAUACAUGCAUACAUACAUAUAUAUAUAUAUAAAUUGAAAAUUUUAGUACAAAAAUCGUGAAACACACAUUUAUAUAAAUCAUUGUCAGUUAACAAGUAUUACCAGGAGUUAUAAUUAAUUAACUGUGCUUAAGCUGUAUUGAGAAUAAUGUCCAGUAAUGUAUUAAGGUGAAUCUUCAUUGGUAAGACAUUGGUAGCUGUCUAGUCUUGUGAUUGAUUUGUACUUGUCAAUUAUUUAAAUAAAAUCAUUUUACAAAAGUUUUAAA